UCAUGCAGUGAAAGUGAAACUGAAAGAAGCUGAAGCUUAUAAGCUCCUAGUAGCUGUCAGAUAACCGUAAAACGAAGACGGCUGCAUUUCUUUGAAUGCCCUGGACAGUGAGUGUUUGAGGUGUAGGCUCGUAAACGCAGCGUGGUCACCGCGGUCUCAUCGCAGCUCUCACCGGUCAGUAAAACAUGCGAAACGUUCUGGUUUUCGUUCUAACGGUAUGUCUGGACUUUAUCAUCAUCUGUGCGCUGGAUUUUGUAGGCGCACACCUGAGAUCUCGGGAUAAGAGUCUGGACGGUAGUGAUAACCUGCUGAGGCAGUGGCUGGAGUCAGUAGUGCGGUGUGUAUUUCUGUACGGAGUCCUCCUCCCGUGUGAGGACGCUAAAAGGCCGGUGGUGAAGCGAUGGCUUUUAGCUCACUGUUUCAUAGGACCGGUGUGGGAAACGGGUCGCUUAACUGCUUUUGGAAACUUUCCGCUGGCGAAGGUCGACACAUGGCUGGUCGGUAGCGUCGCUGCUGCUCUGGGAUGCCUAUUUUGGGAGACUCUGUUGCCUGAUUCCAGCGAGGAAAGAAACGGAAAAGACAAGAAGCAGAAGGCUCGUGUCCUCUUCAUGAGAGUGGUCCGUUUCUACAAGCCUGACUACCUUCUUAUGAUCGGGGCGUCUGUGUUUCUAGCCUUAGCUGUGCUCUGUGAGAUGUUCAUUCCACUGUACACUGGAAAGCUGAUCGACAUCCUGGGAGCUGAGUACCACCGGGGGGAUUUCCAAACUGCAAUAAUAUUCAUGACGCUGUUCUCUUUUGGAAGCUCUUUCAGUGCAGGCUGCCGAGGAGGCCUCUUCAUGUGUGCUAUUGGGAGCUUCAUUCGUAGAGUGAAGCUUCAGCUCUUCGGCUCCCUGGUUAGGCAAGACGUUGGCUUCUUUGAGGUUACAAAGACAGGUGACAUCACAUCCAGAUUGUCCACAGACACCACUCUGAUGGCCCGAGCUGUAGCCCUGAAUGUGAAUGUUCUUCUGCGGACAUUCAUUAAAACCAUAGGCAUGCUAUACCUGAUGUUCAGCCUUUCCUGGAAGCUGACACUGCUGAUGCUGAUGGAGACACCUUUGACUGGCCUGUUACAGAACAUCUAUGACACACAUUAUCAGAGGCUCUCAAAGGAGGUGCAGGACUCUAUGGCAAGAACCAAUGAUGCUGCAGGGGAGACCGUGUCAGGCAUCAGGACAGUAAAGAGCUUUAACUCAGAGCAGAGCGAGUCAUGUCGUUAUGAUGACCGGUUGAUGGACACCCAUAAUCUAAAGACUCGGCGGGGUACAGUCAGGGCAGUUUACCUACUGGUGAGAAGGCUGGUGGAUUUGGGAAUGCAGGUGGCUAUGCUACACUAUGGCAGGCAGUUUAUCCAGUAUGGACAAAUGACCACAGGCAAUCUGGUCUCAUUUAUUCUCUACCAGUCUAACCUGGGCCAAAACAUUAGGACAUUGAUUUACAUAUUUGGAGACAUGCUGAACUCUGUGGGUGCAGCUGGGAAGGUGUUUGAGUACCUGGACCGCAAGCCUGAAGUGAGCACUGAUGGGACGCUUCAGUCAGAGAAGCUAAAGGGACAUGUCAGCUUUCAGAAGCUCAAUUUCUCCUAUCCAACUCGGCCUGACCACAAUGUGCUAAAGGACUUCUCUUUGGAGCUAAAACCAGGUCAAAUGACUGCCCUGGUAGGGAUUUCUGGUGGGGGGAAAAGUACUUGUGUGAGUUUACUGCAGAGGUUCUACCAGCCCCAAGAAGGACAGAUCUUACUGGAUGGACAGCCUCUACAGAACUAUGAGCACAAGUACCUGCACAGCAGGAUUGCUGUGGUGGGUCAGGAACCUGUUCUCUUCUCUGGUACAGUAAAAGACAAUAUUGCCUAUGGCCUAUCUAACUGCUCACUUGAGAGCAUCCAGGAAGCAGCUCGUAAGGCCAAUGCUCAUGAUUUCAUCUGUGAGUUACAGAAGGGAUAUGACACAGAUGUAGGUGAACGAGGAGGACUUCUUGGUAGCAGUCAGAAGCAACGCAUUGCCAUUGCCAGAGCUCUGAUCAGACAGCCACAGGUUCUCUUACUGGAUGAGAUCACCAGCUUUCUGGAUGCCAAAAGUGAACAAGCGAUUCAAGAUGUCUUGGCCAACUGCCCCAACCAGACCUUAAUGGUGAUUGCACAUAGAUUGAAGACCAUUGAGAAGGCAGACCAGAUCAUUGUGAUUGAACAGGGGACAGUGCUUGAGCAAGGCACUCACCAGGAACUGAUGGAGAAGAAAGGGCAUUACUAUAAACAGAAAGAGAGAAUCUUUGCUGAAGAUACUACUAAUCUAUGUUAGGAUACAAAGCUAAGAGACUGUAGACUAAUGAAUAUUUUAAUAACAAAAGCUGAGGCACCACCAGUCUUUCAUACAGCCAUAAUAAUAACAAUGACAAUAGAUGUAGUUGGCAUUGUACAUAGUUUCUCAUGGUUUUUUAAGUUGUGCUGUCGUCAUUGUUGUUCAAGUAUGAUCAAGUAUUGAUGAAGUACUUGUAUUGCUGAUCUUUCUUGUGUUUAUUUGCUGCUCUUAAAAAAUGGAAAAAUGGUCUUUUGUUAAAAAGAAACAUGCUGCCUGUGCUGAAAGGGCAGUAAUUAAUUGUUGGUUACUUCAGUUGAUGUGUUGUCAUGUCUUGACAAAAACAGUGUAUGUGUAUUUCCCAAUUCCAGGAAAAUGGGAUGUUGCCUUUAUUACUAGUACAAAUGAUGCAUAAAUAUUUCUGUUCUUAUACACUGUAAAACAUUUGCCCACAACAUUGCCCAGCGAUAACUGAAGUGCUUGUCCUGCAUUCGAAACUAGGAUAGAGCUUGAAAAGGAUAGAGCUUGAGUUCUAUACAGGUGCCUUUAGUGCCUAGAAACAAUGACCACUUCUGAAGCAAUGUGCUUGAAAUUUUAUUGUCGUAGUCUAAAGAAAAUACACUCCUAAAAUACAGUGCCUCCCUGGGGUUCUUCUGUAGAUUUUGUCAGAUGAAAAAUUCCAGGUGCCAAACUGAUCUCCCUGCAGUCCAGACCUGUCACCCACUGAAAAUAUUUGGCGCAUUACUAAACUAAAAAUACACCAAAGGAGACCCUGAACUGUUGCGUAGCUCAAAUCCUAUAUCAAGCAAAAAUGGAAAUGCUUCACUUUCAAAACUACAGGAAUUAGUCUCCAUAUUAUAACACUUGCAGAGUGUUGUUAAAAGAAGAGUUCAUGCAUCACAGUGACAUGACAUUGUUCCAACUUUUUAAAAAAUGUGUUUCAGGUAUCAAAUUCAAAAUGGGUAAAUAAUUUUCAAAAAACAAAAUUUCUAAGUUUCUAUGUUUGACAUGUCUAGUUGUAAUAUUUUGAAAUAAAUUUGGGUGUAAAUGAUUUGUA